AUGCAGGAGAUAAAUUUUCAGGACAUAAGUUUAGAAUGUGGGUCCACGUGUACUACAUCUGCAUCUGUAAUUUCAGCCUUGGGAUCACAAAAUCGGAAACUUUUUGUUGGCUCUUCUAGUGUUUCUGGAGACCUAUGGGUUGGUGGUUUGUCCGUUUACAAAUUGAAGAAUUCCUCAACAAAUUACCUUGGUCAAGUUAUUCAUGCGGAUGAGUUAGAAUUAGUUGACGAUAUCAGUCAGCAGGUUGUCACAGAGACUACUUUUGACUCAUCGGUUGCAUCAGUAUCACCUUUAAAUUCAAAAGGGAAUGAAUCAACAGACUCAGUCAUCGUUGGCCUUAAUGAUGGUUCUAUUCAAUUGGUUACUUUACGUGAGAAAUCAGUCAAUCAAAGCUCUCACCAUUUUCAAAUGCAGCCAGUUACAGUCAAUUCAGCAACAUAUCAUGAUUGGCCCUUGGAGAAAGUGAUCACCUCUCAGAUUUCCGAUUCAUCUAAUUCACAUAUCGUAACUUUAGAUAUAAGUGGAUGUGUAAAGUUAUGGGAUUACCAGUUUCUAAUGCCUGUAAAAUCAUGGUUUAUAAAUUCUACUACUUGGCCUGUGAAUGGUUCUGCUCUAUCACCUGAUAUAUCGAUGCUGUCAAAUACUAAUAGUAUUCAAAAUAAUUCUGAAAAUUUCCUUUUGGCUACUUUAAAUCCACUGGAUUAUAAGCGUAAAAUCUGUCUUUGGGAUAUUCGUAUUAACAGUAUAUCAAAUCCUAUUGUUUUUCAAUCAAAUAAUUGUUCAUCUCUGCCUCACAAUGACCUACCCACAACACUGAAUUGGUUCUCAACAAAUCAGUUGUUGGUGGGAACUUAUGAAGGCAGUCUACUCAUGUAUGAUAUUCGCAAUCCUAAUUUCGAAUUGAUCAGUGUAAAUGUUUAUCAGUCAAAUGGUGGAAAUACACCGGAGACAUUAGAAUCGUUUAAGCCACCACGGAAUAAACACAAGCAAAUAGUUCAAAUUCUUGUGAAUAAUUCUCCACCAAUAAUUUCUGGGAAAAGUAAAACUGAUCACAACUCUGAACAACAUAUUGGUGUCGUGCAUAUUGAUGGUACAGUCGAUGUUUAUCAAUACAACACAGUGCUGUCUAACCAAAAUACGACGCUUACACGUGCUUAUCACAGUGGUGAUGAUGAUGUAGGCGAACAUUACAGCAAUAGUCAAAAAGAGUCAGUUUUCAACAGAAACGGUAGAGUGAAACCAUGUGCUGUAUUCUUGUCAAGUUCUUCUUCUGACCACUCAUGGAGAUUAUUGGCUUCAUCUGGACUUUCGGAUAUCUCAUCAUCACCACAAUCAUCAGCAUCAGCAAGUUUAUCUGUUGAAUCUCAUAAUACAAGACAUUUAUUGAAUUACCAACUUCGUGUAUAUCCUGGUAUACGAAUGAUGAAAGCACCUGGUUUUAAUGAUAACUCUUUAUUAAUUCAUUAUUUAAAAUAUAUGACUGCUAUAUAG